AUACCACUACCCCUCUCCAAUUUUAGUUCACCAGCAGAUAAAAGAGGUUCAAUCCUUUAGUUUGGAAAAUAAAUAAAUAGUAACAUUUCUUUUAAGCUCAAAACUUGAUGAAAUGGCACAAACACAACACAUGCUAAAUAUCUCUAAGACCACAAUAAUUCACAGCAGUUUCUAUCAAUGGCAAUUCUUACCUCUUUCUCUGCCUUCCCCCAUCUCCCAGUCCACAACUAUUGAGGUUGUCCCACUUCCACCACUAAAUGAUAUCAAGUGUCCAACAGCAGAAAUCAAAUUCCUGGACUAACUAUUGAUAGUAGUUCACUGAAACAAAAUUCUAAGCAUAUGAGGGAAAACAGAGUCUUGAGAAAAUGCUAGUCAAAUACUUAGAUGGAUUAGUUUAUGGAGAAGAACCAAAAAAAAAAAAAAAAUUGGUUUCAUUUGUAGACCAAAAUAACAACCACAAAUGCUUCCAAAAAUGAAAUGGAGAGUAUUGAUCCAAGUUCAAUAGGACAUACAAAUAUGCAUUGAAGCUUAAAGUGAAAGAAAAGUUUGUCGCACCUGUUUUCGACUUCUUACAGUUGCACUUUCUCAACUGUAAAAUAUAAGUAACAAAAGGAUUGGCAAAAAGAGAUUAAAUCUUAAAACAUGAGACUAUAUUUAAAUCAUUGAAUAAUGAACUAAAGGAAAAUCUGAUCAAACCACAUUUGAUCACAAUACUUCAAUAACAUCAGUAAAAAUCUCCUCAUUUUACCUACUUGGCCAGCAGACUUUGCCCUUG